CUCCCCGUCCCGGCGCUCUCUCCAUCCCGGAGCGCUGUGCUGACUCCGAGAACAAGAAGGAAACGGAGCGAGGAGGCACCCCCGAGCACCGGCCCCGUUGCUGCAGGCAUUUACGGAAAGGAAGAGCAGCUGAAAGGCAUCGCUGCAGCGGAGCCACGCAUGCACCUGCACCAUCCACGCACUGCUCGGAAGAGCGCUGCAUUUCUCGAGGAGACGAUCAGCGAGCCAUCCACUUGCCUACACCCCCCUUGUGUCACUAAGAGCAGAGCGAGGCUGAGGGAGGAAACCCAUUUGGCUGCGCUGCAGCUCCCGACCGCAUGGUACCCCGAGGGCUGCGCGCCCCUCUCCCGCUCGCAUUCCGGUGCGGUGCUUUCCGGGGAAGGAAGGGGCAAUGGGCAGGGGGAAGGCCGGGGCUGGGGGCUCGGAGUUGCGCUCCUCGGGCUCUGCCGUUCGCUGAGCCCCUGACCACUCCCCCCCCACCACUGCUCUGACCCCCGCGGAGUCGCGACUUCAGCCGUGUUGUCGCACUCCCCCCGCACCAUCCCCGCGCGAU